AUGAGUCCUCCAGGUGCUAAAACUUAUAUGGGUUGGUGGGGUAGUUUAGGUUCCCCAAAGCAAAAGGGUAUCACCUCAUAUGCCGUUUCUCCAUAUGCUCAAAAGCCAUUGAAUGGUUCUUUUUACAAUGCAAUCUUCAACACUGCUAGAAGAGUCAAAUCUCAAGCUUUGUACGUUUUGAUACCUGCUGGUAUCUACUAUUACUGGUGGACCAACAGUAGAGAUUACAAUGAAUACUUGUAUACCAAGGACGGAAGAGAAGAAUUGGAAAGAGUUAACGUUUGA